CGUCAGAUGGCGCUGCUUCAGAACGUCCCGCUCCGUGUAGUGAUGAAUGCAGCGGGGCUAGAGGUCAGAGUUGAAUGUUUGACAGAAAGCUGAAUAUGGAUUCCAUAUUUCAUGAGAAACAAGAGGGCUCCCUCUGUGCCCAGCACUGCCUCAACAACCUUUUGCAGGGUGAGUAUUUUACUCCUGUGGAUCUGUCCUCAAUUGCUCAUCAGCUUGACGAAGAAGAAAGGAUGAGGAUGGCAGAGGGAGGGAUGGCCAGUGAGGAGUACAGGACCUUCUUACAGCAACCCUCUGGGAACAUGGAUGACAGUGGGUUCUUUUCAAUACAAGUAAUUAGUAAUGCUUUGCGAGUGUGGGGCUUGGAGCUAAUCCUCUUCAACAGUCGGGAGUACCAGAGCCUGAUGAUAAACCCAAUAAAUGAGAAAGCCUUUAUUUGCAACUACAAGGAGCACUGGUUCACUAUACGCAAACUUGGACAACAGUGGUUUAACCUGAACUCACUGUUGACUGGACCAGAAUUGAUAUCAGACACCUAUCUAGCCCUUUUCCUUGCACAAUUACAACAAGAAGGCUAUUCCAUAUUUGUGAUACGAGGUAACCUCCCAGAGUGUGAAGCAGAGCAGAUACUUGGGAUCAUGAGGGUCCACCAGCAGCAGCGGCCCAGGCUCAUCGGAGAGGACGAGGCUCAGACGAGUGCAGGCAGGCCAGCAGCUCUGGGCCAGACAGAGAUGGGCUUUGGUGUGGAGGACGAGGUUGUGGAUGAAGAUGAAGAGCUGAAGAGAGCUCUGGCACUCAGCAGACAGGACAUAGAUGUGGAGGAUGAAGAAGCUGAUCUUCGCAGGGCCAUACAGCUCAGCAUGCAAGGAGCGGUGAUGAGUAACAAGUCUUCAGAGUACGAAGUGCGAAAUUUCAAAUCAGGGAGCCAGGCAGCAGGGAGCGCUGCAGGAGGUCAGAGAGAAGGCCAGACUGAGACUCUUACAGCUGAGGAACUGAGGAAGAGGAGACAAGCCUACUUUGAUCGGCAGCAGCAACAAGCUCAGUCAAACAUUCCUCAACAUCCAGGCGCACAAUCAACAGGCGGCUCAGGAUCAGUAAACACUGGCUCUGAGGAGGACCAACAACAAAAGCCCAGCCAGUGACAUUGUGAAAGGUUUGCCUACGCUGUUUACCAACUGCCUGGAUUGGCAACCCCACACAGGGGUAGCUUUGCUCCUUCCUCUAACCUUUUGCACAUGCGAACAUAAGGACAGUCAGAAGGCUGACACGUUUCCCCUAUUUAGUUCGCUGACGGGCUAUAGAGAAGAGAACGACAAAGAAGGCAGCACUUAGUCUGGCCUGACUCAGUGAGGCACUGAGACUGGGACAAGGGUGACCACAGGACUCACGAUGCAGUUAAUCCAAGUUUGCAAUUGCCUUUUUACCAUGGCGCCUUCUAUUUCUAUCGUAUACUGUUUUUUAUUCUUGUUUUUUUUUUGCUGGAAGACGCGAAAAGGAAUAACAUACAAAAGGAUGUGUGUAUGUUUUGGGGUGAAAACAUGCUGAGAUAGGCGUUCUAUGAAAGCCAUAUGAGACCAAUGUUUAGACCACACUUAAAAGCUUUAUAGAUAAUGACAUAGCCUCCUACCUUUUUAUUGAAUUUGGGUUUGUAGAACAUAACGUGAAAAACACCCACCCCACCGGAGCACUGUUGUGCUUUUGAAAAAUUUCCAUGUACUGAAGCGUCUUUUAGCUAGCUAGCAGCACUAACAUGUGGGUUAUUUAUUCCCGACAUCAUCAGUCAUUUUACUUGAACAUCUACAAGUGAUCUCUCAGUUAUUUAGACAGCAGCAUUUUUCUGAUGUUGUGGCUUUGCUGUUACCUUUAAGUGCACAAGUAGGCUUAAUUAAUUUUCUGACUAGACCGCUGAUGACCAUAAUAUAAGGAUGCUUUGUUCGUUUUGAAUGGACUGUGAGGAGCAACAGUAGAAACUGUGCAGAACUGUUUGCUCACUGUAAGAUACUUGUCGCAGAUGGAUGUUUCUCACAUCUUUUCCAGAAUAAGCUGACAUGUAAUGGGGAACAAAGAAGCAAUUUGUAAACACCAUGAAACUGCAGCUGAUGGAUAAAAGCAUCAUUCAUUCUUCCUUCACAGUAGGAUCACCGAAAACCAAAAAAAUUCAGACAUGUCCAUGAAGCCUCUUUAGUAUUGAUUUCAUCUGUUGUUUCUCGUAAUCAGUAUUUGUCACGAACCAUGUAGGGAAAUUUUUAAUUAUUAAUUGGUUAUUCUCUUGUAGACAUCCCUUCACAAGCACCAGAUACUUUUACUCUUGCAUGUUACUGCCCCCGGUAUACUUGUUUAACUGCACUGACACGACUUAUUUUGUAUUCCAAUUAUGCUCAGAGUAUUGUUGUACACAUCAGAAGUAGGGUUACAGACAUGCAAGUCAUCUGCUGACUGAUGACCUUUAGAAAUAAAAAAGGAAAGGAUUAUUUUAAUUCUAGUUUUUAUGAUUAAAGAUUCAAAGAGGUAAACAGUGCAUACACAUUGAAGAGUUAGUUGUAUUUUAUUGCAUUUUCCUUCUUUAAAAUCUCACAUUUUUCUCUAGAAGAUUCUGUUAAGUCCAAAAAACAGAGUCUGUUUUUAGGUGAAUAGACCACAAUACAGCGUUAACACACUUAGCAUUUGUUUACAGUUAUUAUGUUUUCUGGGCCCGAUGAUCAUUCAGCGUAAAUAUAUCACGUUGCCUCCACAGAAACUGUCAGAUGUGAUGCAGAGUUGGACUGAUUAUGCUGGAUGACUUCCAGGAAGAUUCCAUUCUUUGAUUAUUGUUUUGUGUCUUUUGGAUCUGCUAGUCUUUUUCGAUUUUAAACAACGGACUUGUGAAAGAGAAUAAAGUGUUGGUAGUUGGGUUUUUAUCGUUGCAUUGUUUUUCGUUCACUGUAUUCUUACAUUUAGUACAAAUUCAUAAUUUUUUUUCAUGUUUCAUGUUAGUGCAGCACAUUCUUUCAUUUAAUGUACUGGUUCAUGUUUCAGGAUUAAAGUGACAUUCACUCCUCUGAA